AUGGAUCCCCUGGUGACGGCGAAAGUGAUCGGAGAUGUGAUUGAUAAGUUCGUUCCGGCUGCCGAGUUGACUGUGCAAUAUGAAUCAAUGCCUGUGGCUAACGGUUGCGAUAUCAAUCCAUCGUCGGCUGCCGGAAAACCUCACGUUCAUAUCAGUGGUUCUCGUGGCUCUCCUAAUUAUACUCUUGUAAUGGUUGAUCCCGAUGUUCCAAGACCGAGUGAACCAACUUUCAGAGAGUGGCUCCACUGGCAAGGAUCAGAGGUCGUGGGUUCAAUUCUUGGGGCUCUUGGAGGCAAGAUACAUACUAGAAGGCAGGAUUUAUCCUGGAAGGCAGUAGUGUCUUGGCAGGCAAGGCGCAACAUGGGUUGGCUCACUAGGCACUUUGGCAGUCCAGUUGGAAAGGUGCUUGGACCCUGGUUAGUUGGAGGCACAUCCUACGGUUUAACUGGCCUGUGUGAAGAGGGGCCGGAUCACAGACCCAAGGAAUAG